GUGUAUGAUGUACAGCAUACAUACAUCUCGCCAUAUUACACUUGACCACGCCAUCUGAGUUUGGAACACCUUUCUGUCUCUUGGAAUCAUCAAUUGCUCGUUGAGAGAGCUCUUGUGAGAGACUGUAGAAGAUACUACAUACACUAUCAUCAUGCAGCUGCAAAUACGUGGACAGCAAACAACUGUUGUUGAAUGUCAAGAUAGUGAGAAAAUACUGCACAUAAAAGAAAGGAUUGCACGUCUUCAAGGUAUCGAACAAGGGGAAUUUCAACUUUACUGUGAAGGAAUUUUAUUAGCAGAUGAAAUUUUUGUUAAUGAGCUUUCAUCACAUACACUUGAGCUAACUGUACCAUUAUUGGGAGGAAAAGUUCAUGGUUCGUUGGCGCGUGCUGGCAAAGUAAAGGCUCAAACACCCAAGGUUGAAAAGCAAGAAAAGAGCAAGAAGAAAACUGGCCGUGCUAAACGACGAAUCCAAUAUAAUCGUAGAUUUGUCAACGUUGUCCAAACCUUUGGCCGCCGACGUGGACCUAAUGCUAAUACAAAUUCAUAAAAAAAUAUUCUAUAAUAUUUAUAUUAUGAGACAAAAAUGGGACUUAUUAAUUGAUAUUGUCACAAAGGCUUUUUCAUAUCAAAAUGUAUAAAAAUGAUAAAAUAUUAAUAAUUGAUCUUAUGUUAUAAUUUCUGAAAAUUAUGUAUUGUAUGCAAUACAAUAAGAAACACACAUUG